AUGGACUUACUGAAAUCUCGCUAUCUGACGCUCCAGUCCACCAAACAUUACACUCGCCUUUCUGCCGAGGAAAUAGUCACAUUAUGGUCCCAACUCAAGGCCUUUCUUGGGGCCGGAGAAGGUAGCCUUAGUGAAAGCGAGUACAUGUCUCUAACGCAUAUGUUGUUUGAUCUUUCGAUAUAUGUCGACAAGGACAUUGAGGCAGAGACUAUAUACAAGAGUUUUAGAGACCGCUUCGGGUCUAACUCGCCAUAUUUGUUUGUGAUGCGAGCCACUAUCAUGCAGGUGAACGAAAGCGAUAAAGAGGCUGAAGAGUACCUGGAGAGACUUUUGAGCGAGUAUCUGGAGGAUGAAACGGAUAUUAUUGGCUAUUCGCUAGUAAGCAAGAAGCUACUAUCUUUGCAACGUAAAUCGCUUUCGAAGGAACAGUACGUUUCAAAGCUUUUGGAAUUGUCCGAAAAGUUUCCCUUAGAUGCAGAAAUAUGGUACGCGCUUACCCAGGAGUAUACUUCCCUAAAUCUCUUGGAACAGGCUGCUUACUGCCUAGAAGAGGUGUUAUGUAUAACCCCUUUCAACUAUAUUGCAUUUGCGGAGCUCAGUGAACUGUUGUAUUACAGAGCGCUGAACGAAGGUAAAAAAAAUGAGGCCCUACUACAGCAGUCGCUUAACAAUGCUCUGAGAAGCGUUGAACUCUCCGAAAAUCUUGUAAAGGGCUGGGCUUUUACUGCAGUAACGUCGAAACUGUUGAAAAAAUCGAGCCUACUUGAACUGUCUAAGGUAAAGCUAAAGCAAAUAGCAGAUUCAGGCAACGGGAACGAUGUGGCCGUGGCUAAAAAAAUGUUAGAAAACCUGUAG